UAAUGCUGGGAUACUGCAAUCACACAAUAAUGAAAUUGAAAUCAAAAUUACAUUCGCUUUGUCAAUGUCAACGCUGAAGCUGACGCGAGCGCUCUAUGUGAUGUAAGCUUUAUGUUUCAUUUUUCACUACUCUCAAAAUUGUGUUUUGACUUAACAUACAAAUGUGGCAGCUGACGCGGGUUUGUUGUUUUCACCAACAGAAAUGAGUAGAAAACAUUUAUAUUCGGUUAAUUAAAAAUAUAUCAACAGUUGUUAAUAAUAAAAGUGUUUUAUUUUAGCCUUGAUUUUGAAAAGAUGAUGCCUUUAACAGUUUCGCCUCAAAAGCGGAAAUGCAAUGAGUAUCAUGAUCCAGAUUAUGUCCGUACACAAACCAGUCCAACUAAAAAGCUGCGCUGCAAUGAUAUUAAAAUGGAAAGAAGUGAAUAUACAAACUCCAAGAGUCACACAAUUUUUGAUAUAAUUUCGCAGGAGUUUAAAAAUGAAAUUACCUUCAAAAAAGAACAACUAUCUGAAGUUGAAAGGCGGUUGGAUCAAGGACGCGCUUUACUAGACCGCUUACGAUUGGCAAUUAUAUCUGAAUAUUAUCAGAAACAAGAAUUAAACGUAUCCAUGAGUAAUAUAUCAGCGAUUCGUGGAAAGGGUACCUUAUUUGAGAAAGAGUUACAUGGACCUCAAUUCGAGCUGCAUCCCUCUCUUAAGAAAUUACUUGGAAAAAAGUCUGCAAAAAUUUUAGAAAUUGCAAAUCGACCUCUGCCGGAGCGCGCUGCGGCCCAAAACGCCCUUACCACAAUGCGGACAGUAUCUGAUACACAGCGACGACAAGAAAGACAACUACAGCAAAUAAUAAAAGAUAAAGGUCUAGUCAUAGAUCAUUCUAAGGAAAAGAAUGAACAAUUAGCAGGAGCAAUUGCUGCACUCCAACAGACGAAAAGUCAAGUUUGCCACAAACCUAGCGAGCAUAUUGAUGAAAAGUUUUCUAAUUAUGUAAAUAACUCAUUGCCUUCCAGGUCUAGAAGUGCUUUGAAUGCAACGCGGCUAAAUAAUAAAACAAGACAAGUUAUUAUUAUAGGAAACACUUCAACUUUUAUUGGUGGAGAAGGUGAUAAUUUGCAGAGCAAAAAUAAAAUGGGAUUAAAUGAGUUAACCCAUAAGUGGCUAGUUUAUGUGCAACCUAAAAAUCCAGAGGUUCCUCUCGAUGACUUUAUCAAAAAAGUUCGAUUCCAUCUACAUCCUUCUUAUCGGCCAAAUGACAUUGUAGACGUUAAAGCACCACCUUUCCAAAUAGCUCGAAGGGGAUGGGGCGAGUUUCCAAUGAGAAUUCAGCUUUUCUUUCAUGAUCAUCUGCAGCAGAAACCGGUACAACUCAUACAUAAUUUGGUGUUAGAUCGCACACUAAGUGGUAUGCACACACUGGGUGCAGAGACAACAAUGGAAAUUUGGAUUCGUACUAAUUAUUCUAAAAACCAAAAUCUGGAGUUGCUUGUUUCCAAGGAAACUGUGCCUGGAAAAGAAGAAUCGGCAUCAAAUGAAUCAAAUAAAAAACCCAGUGAAAAUGAUGAUAUGCAUGCAAAUAACGCGAAACCACAUGUGACAUUUUCCAUACAAAACAAAGUAGAAGCAGACGAUUGCUUAUUUGGAUUAUUGGACAAAGCCGAUUCAACGGAUCUAAGAAAUAUGCAGUCAACUGUAGUUAAAAGCGAACCUGUAGAAAAUAUAUCUACUAACAUCAAUGAAAUAAGCUACAAAAUCCCUCAACACAUUGAAAAUUCCUUAAAAACUGAAACCUCGAAAGUAACAACUGAAAUACCAUACAAAUGUAAUAGUGCCUUUCAAACAAAGAAUACAACAGCGUUUAGUAGUGAAAAUAAAACAAUCACUUCAGCAUUGCCCUUACCAAAUAAUAAUAAAAAUGAAGUAACAAUUCCUUUACAUAAAAGUGAAUCUAAAGGAGGAUUGACACAAGCGAAUGUACAACAAAGCAAAGAUUUGAAUAACACUCCAAAUGCUAGUAGAUCAAUGCAGCUCACAACACCAAUGAUAAUGAAGUUAACCACUUCGAGUAUAGCCAAUUCUCAAAAUGUAACAAACAGCUUUAAAAACAACAAAAAUAUUAUGCCACUAAGUAGAGUAGGCACAUUUAUGCCAUUAAAAAUUAAAAGUACGAAUAAUAUUACACCGCUUGCUAAUUCCCCCGUAUCAAAUUUACCAAUCAAAAGCUCGGAUGGAAAAACUGUACUACAAAAAAAACUUGUCAAGCUGGUAGAUGCGGAGGGUAAAAUUAAAUUAAUGCAGGUAUUUGUAGCCACAACGGGCAAACCACAAGUAGGCGAUGUUGCAUUCGAGAAAUCGAAACCUGGAGACCAGAAAGCAACUCCAGAAGCAGCGACAAGUGUUCGAGCGGUUGUAACGGAAACACAAAGCGUUGCAUUAAAACGAAUUACUUCCAAAGCCAUUGACGCUACGAAUAAUUUGCCACGAUUACCGAAUGGUAACACGCAAUCUACCAGUAACACAGUAAAUUCAAAAAAUACAAGCACCCCCUUAAGUCUGCCGAAACAAAUGGUAUUCCAAAAAGAAGGCAAAUUGUUCAUAAUUGAUCCAUUGCAAAUGAAAUUAAAGCAGGAGCAGAAAAAACAAGUUUCGCUCUUAAAACCGCAAACCAUAUUGCAUAGAAAGUACCCACAUCAGACGCAAGUCCAAAAAGUACAAUCAACUCUGAUAUCGGAUCAUGACUAUACUUCAACCCUUACUAAUGCUGGUAAAGAUGCUCAUUUUUCAUACAAUCCAGCAAAGACUUCGGGAAUAAGCAACGCGCUGGAUCACUUUCCGGAAGUCCAUUUGGGUAUACGUCAAACGCGGGCCAAAGCAAGCAGUACUUUUGAAUUACUGCAACAACAACGUAUUCAAUUUGAAAAAGACUUUUUGGAAAAAAAAUUUCAUACUAUGCGCUCUGCUGUUGAUUACAUACUGCGACAUUUACCAUUGAUCGCACCCAAAAACUCUUUAGCUGCGGCUUUCUCCUUUGUGAACAAUAGUUACACGGAAUUUAAUGCACUAACCGUUUUAAAACAACGUGCCUGCGAAUGGUUGAGAGCAAAAUAUGUAACGCGUUUUAUUCGUAACCAUAAAUAUUUAAUAGAAUUAAAUAUGAAUAACAAAGAGCGCUUUUGGAGCACGCGUGAGGUAUUAAUUUAUGCGCGAUAUCAUGCAUUUUCACCGAAAAUUAAAUCGUUCGAUUUAAUGUCUGGCUGUGCACAUACAGAAGUGUUAAACACACCUUCUGAAGCAGAGUCUUCAUCAAAUGUGCGUUUAAUCUCGCAUCCCAAGCUUCAGAUAAAAAAUCUUCAGCAGGAACAUGUGUUUUCACAACAUGUCAAAACUGAAAUAGAAUCUGAGAAGCCAUUCUUCCAAUAUGAAUCAGUAACGCCAAUAUAUCGUAUUACUACUUGGUUGGAUGGAGCAUUGCAAAAAGUGGUUAGUAAGGAAUCUGUUGAAGAAUCCUCUGAUGAACUAAUUGAUAUUGUCAGUGUACCAGUACCUGAGACUUGCAGAAUGAUAGAUAUUAAAAAUCCUCACUCAAAUCAACCGAACUACCAGAGAGAAAGCACACAGCAGUAUCUACCGAUUCCGGCACAUUUAGAAAAUACUUCUCUACUCGUUAGUGAUAUUUGUCGAGAUUACAACAUACAACUACAACCCGAACAAGUGGUACCUGAUGUGGUAUUUCCACUUACACAAGCAAUAAUGUCGCAAUGUUUAAAUGUAUUUAUCGAGAAAUUAGUAAGAAGCGCAAUAGCCUGUAAACAUAGUUCUUCUGAUGCAGACAUAUUAAAUUUGACCGUACAGGAUAUAGGUAAAAUUCUGUUACGCCAUACUGAGUUUGAUUUUCUAACAAAUAAAAGUUUUGGAACAUGUAAAAAUGAUGGUAGCUAAAAAUAGCUUUCGCAGUUUAUAACUAUUUUUAAAUAUAUAUAUCUAUACAAAUAUGGAAAAUGUAAUUUUAAAUAUAUGUUUGUAUGUUCGAAAUUUUUUAACACCCACGUAAUCUAAUAAAGUAAUAUUUAUUUAGUAUCACAGUUGAAGAAAAUCAGAGGAGUUAACCUCCAUAUGCUCAAAUGCUUUUAUUUUGAAACUUAAAAUAAUAUAAUAUAUAAGAAACUGUAUUAACUUUGCUGAGAAUUUAUUACCGGUGAUUAUCCUAAGCCUAAUAGUAAAGCUUUUAUGAUGGUUGAGUCAAAUACUACGGGCAGAAAUCGAGUCCAAAGCCGGUAUGUCGGAAUAUUUCUGCUGUGUUUGAUACAGUAAACUGGUGACCACUCCGGCACCCUGUCUAUAUCGUGUGUCGGGCAUCACUCAUGACUUUUCUCCCGAAUACUCGUCACUCAUUAAAUGUUGACAUUGUUUACGAUUCUGCGCCUUAUAGUUGAAUGGGUAUAUGAGCGACUUGUAGAGUUUGGUUUUCGUCCGCCGAGAAAGGAAAGUAGCACUUGUUGGUAAGAGUGAUUGUGCGUUGGGUUUCAACGCUAACAAUAUUCUUGGUGUUAAUGCUUUACCCUAGGUAGACGAAAUUAUUUACGACCUCG